GCUUGGCACGGAUUCGUUUGUUGUUGUUUUUUAUUGAUGAAUUUCCGACCAGCUGAGAAGGUGGGGAAGAAUGUUAUGGCAUGGGACCUGUAGAUUGCACGGGUAGGGCAGGUUCUCUUCACGCGUCACAUGACAGGGUUACUCUCUCCUCUCGAAAGUCCAUCGAAAAUACACUUCAGGAUUCGGAUAAAUUUGACGCCAAAAGUCACGUUGGAACAACACAAGAAUGGACUGAGCGAAUGGUGUGAAUGACAAUUACCAUGGUGACGGGACUGGGAUGGUUGUGCCUGCUGGCGUUGCUGCAAUGCGCAAAAGCGACAGCCGGUGAUGGCUGGUCCGAGUGUACACUAACAUGUGGCGGAGGAACACAAUACCACGUGGAUAAUAGAGCAGAGACGAGAUACUGCAACACCCACAGCUGUCCAGGUGACGCUGGCUGCCUCUCCGCCUACCUCAGCUUCGAUCGCGGUCACGUGAUAGAGAGAACCAUCUACGACGCCUCACACAAUGGUAACCUCGCCACCAUGCAGGGCGGGGCUAGCGUGGUGGAGGGGGGAAAGUUCGGGCGUGCCUUGAACCUGACCAGAGAUGGUAACGUGACAUUCGACAUUCAGCAUUUCCGCAACAGACCGACCCUGGCGAUCACCAUCGCCCUUUGGCUCAAGCUCUCAGAGGUGAAAGGUUCGCAAGAGGUGUUCUUCACGUGCGGGAAUCCUGUGGUGCUCAACAUCGGAGCGUACCAUAUUGGCAUUGAAGACGGUGUUGUCACGUGGUCUCUGAAGAAUGAAAAUGGGACGGAUUUGUUUAAAGCUAUAUCUGAUAAACCAAUAGAGAGUAAUAAGUGGGUGCAUAUCGCAGGAACGCAUCGAUACUCCACAGGAAUAGCAAACCUGUACAUCAACGGCAAUCUAUCAAAGGGUGCGAGCGCACCUCGUAGGCACUUCCCGCCAGGUGUCUUCAACGACUGGGCAUGCGCGGACAUGGGAAAUCCGCGGGACAAAAAGCCUCUUGUAGGCCUCAUAGACGAGUUUUAUAUUUUUAAGUGCGCAUUGCUACCUGAAGAGAUUUCUGAUCUUUAUUCGAAAAAUGCCUUUAAACGAUAUGAGAUCCCAAGGCCUGUUAGUGAGCUAGGCGUGAAGGCUCAGGAUGAGUGGCCUGGAAAUGACGAGACUUUGAUGGAGGAAGAUGCAGCAAUAGACGAGAUGGAAGAUGAGCGGUGAUGGACCACGACGAAACAUGUAAAUCAUUUGUAUAUAUCAACUCAAAAGAUAGAUAGAUCAAUAGAUAAGGACAUCCCUAUCAGAGCUGAAUCAAUGCACUUAAGAAAAAGGUGUAAAAUCCAGCUUAGUCAGUUAGUUUGGUCACAGCGCAGACCUUGCACGGACUCUGAGCAGACACACUUUUUACGCACUCUGCGCAUGCUCAGUCCUAAUCUCAUGAUAGCACAACCUUUAAAACUGGUCCUCGUCAAGCGGUUAAAUUGUUUUUCCCAUCUAAUAAGCCAGCUCUAAUACUGCCAUUUUAAUUCUUAGUUUCGACAAUUUAUUAUUUAUGUCAUUUUUUCAUGCAUUUUGUGUGUUUGUGUGCAAAACGUUCCAUCAUUGUACGCGCGCAUGCGCACUUUGACAUACACUGGGCGCACUGUUAGUGUACGAGCGCCCCAAAUAAAAACCACACUUCCUACGAGCUCUUUAAUAAACCUGAAUUUUCCUACUA